AUGACCUCCGUUGUCGUUGUUCCUUCUCCCGUCCCGGAGACCUCUACUUCCUGCACUGAGGAAGAGCACUCUACGUCUGCUGCGUACACUCCGGCUCCUGUGCCCUCGACCUCGGAGAUGCCAGUAGUGCCGUCCUCUGCCUACGUCCCUGCGGUGCCAAUGCCCUCGCCCUCGUCCUCCGAGAAGCCAGUAGUGCCAUCUUCCGCCUACGUCCCGGUGGCACCAUCAUCCUCUCCUGCCGCCUACGUUCCGGCUAAGCCUUCCUCCUCAAAGGAGGCCGUUUCCAGCUACUACGCUGCUCCUCCAGCAUCCUCUUCCAAGGCUGCUCCCAAGCCCAAGCCUAGCAAGCCCAGCACUCCCUCGUAUGGUGGUUCUGGUACCUGGAACAAGCCCAAUGGCAAGAAGUGGGCCAUUACCUACACCCCCUACACCAAGGGCGGUGACUGCAAGUCCGAGAUGGAAGUCAAGACCGACGUUGGCAAGAUCGCUGAUCUCGGCUACGUUGCCAUCCGCGUCUACAGCACCGACUGCGGUGUCUUCGAGAACGUCGUGCCCGCUACCCAGGAGCACGGCAUGCAGGUCAUCUACGGCAUCUUCCUCGACGCUGCUACCGCCCCCAACUCCCAGGGCGCCAACGAGCAGCUCCAGGACAUCAUUGACAACGCUCCCAAGGACACUGUCUCCAUGCUGAUUGUCGGAAACGAGUACAUCUCCGGCCACGGUGGAGACGCUGCCUCCCUCGCCUCGUACGUCUCCGCCGUCAAGACCAAGUGGCUCGCCGCUGGCUUCACCGCCCCCAUCACCACGACCGAGACCGUGGCCGCAUGGGAGCAGUACGGCAGCGCCCUCUGCGACGUCAUCGACAUCUUCGCCGCACAGGUCCAGCCCUUCUUCGACGGCGGCAAAUCUGCCUCCCAGGCCGGCGACUUCGCCUACGAGCAGCUCGAGCAGGCCGCAAAGGUGUGCCCCGAGGCCGCUGCAAAGGGCAAGUUCAUCUCUGAGAUCGGCUGGCCUGCUGGCGGCGACGCCAACAACGCUGCUAUCCCCGGUAAGGCCGAGCAGAAGAAGGCUAUGCAGAGCAUCAUUGAGAAGGUGGGCGACCAUGCGUGCAUCUUCAGCUAUCAGGAUGAUAGCUGGAAGGCGCCUGGCGCGUACAACGUCGAGCAGUACUUUGGCUGCGCGGAUAACUUGUAA